AUGGCUGCUAUCAUCGAAGCAGAGACACAAUGGCACAAAGGAGAAGAGGAGAUGCAAGAGUGGCUUCGAGUCCCGCACCUUGACAAUCCAACAACGCCAGGCCUUUCCGGACACGCAGCAAGACAGUUGAUCAGCUCGCCGCUGGUAGCGCUUGGGACCUUGGACUCUGAAGACAGGCCAUGGACUACAAUUUGGGGAGGGGAGGCUGGAUUCUCGCAGCCCGUCGCACAGUCAAUCAUUGGGAUGAAAGCAACAGUCGAUAGGACUUUUGAUCCGGUCUUGCGAACCCUACUCGGCGAGAAAGCAGAUGGGGAAGUUGUCAGGCCCGAAGGCCCGGGGAAGAUGGUCAGUGGUUUGGGCAUUGAUUUGGAAUACAGGAACCGGGUGAAGAUGGCAGGCCGAAUGAUUGCUGGAGCUUUGUCCGCAACUGAGCCAGACAUCGGCGACGUUCAAUUAGUGGUGAAGAUCGAGCAAAGUCUGGGAAACUGUCCAAAAUACAUAAACAAGAAACACAUUAUUCCUCAUCUACCACAUCCCACUCUAGUCUCCGACAGCCUCCCUCUACCUAAAGCAGCUCUCGACCUCAUCGAAAAGUCAGAUUUAUUCUUCAUCUCCUCCUCGAAUCAUGAAUUAGACAUGGAUACAAAUCACAGGGGAGGACCACAAGGUUUCGUCAGAGUCUUGUCGAAUGAUGAGAGUGGCGUCACCAUAGUCUAUCCCGAAUACUCUGGUAAUCGCUUCUACCAAACGCUUGGGAAUCUCAGGACUACUCCUCGAGCAGGCAUAACAUUUCCCGACUUCGACACUGGUGAUGUGCUCUAUCUCACAGGCACAACAGAAGUGCUGGCUGGCAAAGAUGCUUCCGAUUUGAUAGCACACACUAAUCUCGCUGUCAAGAUUAGAGUUGAUGCGGUCAGAUUUAUAUCAGAAGGUUUAGGUUUCCGGGGCCAAGAGGGCGAGAGAUCCCCAUACAACCCUCCUGUACGCUUCCUUUCAAAUGAAAACAAGAACGCAGUCGCCAAGAACAACAAGCAAGUCAUGGCCAAGCUCAUUGACAAGAAGCUCAUCACCCCCACAAUCGGACGCUUCCGCUUCCACAUUGCAGACCCAGAAAAGGCAAGCAAAUGGAAGCCAGGCCAAUACGUGGCCCUCAGUUUUGAGGAUGAGCUGGAUAUUGGAUACAGCCAUAUGCGAGACGACGAUCCGAAGAGCUUGAACGAUGAUUUCCUUCGUACUUUUACUGUCUCGUCCCGACAGGAUGUCCUGGAUGGCCAUGAUCAGUUCGAGAUCACGAUACGCAGGGUAGGACCGGUCACAGAUUUCCUUUUCAGACAUAAUAUCAGGUCGGAGUUACAAGUGCCUCUGCAAGGCUUCGGGGGGGAAUUCUUUAUUCAGCAGGGCGAAGGGGAGAAAGUCUCAUUCAUCGCUGGCGGUGUUGGCAUAACACCUUUAUUGGCUCAGAUCUAUGAUCUCGAUUUGAAGCGGCUUAAUUUCUACUGGACGCUCAGGGCAAAUGAUUUGGCUUUCGCCAACGAGAUCUUCGAGCGUGUUCCUGGACUGGCAGAGUCUACGAAGUUAUUCGUUACUGGCAAGAAACCAGAGAUGACUGAUGCUUGGAAGAAGCUCACCCUGUCUGGUGCAACACUGGAACGCCGGAGGCUCGGCAAAGAUGAUAUCACGGGUGAUAAUGCUGAUCGGUGGUAUAUGUGUGCUGGUCCGAGCCUCAAGAGUAGUGUUCUUGGGUGGAUGAGUGGGAAAACGGUGACUUACGAAGAUUUCAACUACUAG